AUUAAAAGUUAAGUAUGUUUCGUGUUAAGUUAAAAUUUCUUUCUGCUCAAUGCAGAUUUUUGCAACAACGGAAAAGUUUUACAAAUCGUAACCUGCUUUCGCUUUCAAAUCGUGGUUUUUUUCAGGAUUUAUUCCCAGACACAGCAGGACCUCAAAUGACUAAAUUGUUUGAAAAAUCACCACAAACUAUUUAUGCCGGCUUUGAUCCUACAGCGAGCAGUUUGCACGUUGGAAAUUUACUAGUUAUAAUGGGACUAUUGCAUUGUCAACGAGCAGGACAUAAUCCAAUAGCAUUGGUUGGUGGUGCAACAGGUUUAGUUGGUGAUCCUAGCGGACGAAAGACUGAGCGCAACCAAUUGGGCCACACUGUAAUUGAAGAAAAUUUACAAGGCAUUACAAAUCAAUUGAAACGUAUUUUUCAAAAUCAUCAAGACUUGUUAUGGGACGAUAAAAAACAUAGACAAAAAUUACCAGAAUUGAGAGUAGUCAACAACGCCGAAUGGUAUGCUAAUUUAAAUUUUGUAGAUUUUAUUGCCAAUAUGGGUCGACAUUUCCGUUUAGGUUCCAUGUUAUCUCGUUCCUCAGUGCAAACACGUCUAGAAUCAGAAGCUGGCAUGAGUUUUACCGAAUUUACCUAUCAAAUUUUUCAAGCCUACGAUUGGUUACAUCUUUGCAAUAAUUACAAUUGUCGUUUUCAAAUGGGUGGCUCGGAUCAAAUGGGUAAUUUAAUGACCGGACAUGAAUUGAUCAGUCGCACAGCACGCAAAGAAGUUUUUGGUAUGACACUUCCCAUUGUUUCCAAUGAGGAAGGUGAUAAAUUUGGCAAAUCUGCUGGCAACGCAGUGUGGUUGGAUGCUGAUAAAACCUCUACUUUUGGACUUUAUCAGUUUUUUGUACGCACACCCGAUUCCGAAGUAGAGAAAUUGCUUAAGUUGUUUACAUUUUUACCGCUGUCAGAUAUUGAGGAAUUAAUGAGUAAUCAUCGAAAGGAACCAGAAAAGCGCAAAGCACAAACUAUAUUGGCAGAAGAUGUAACACUGCUCGUGCAUGGAGAGAGUGGUCUUAAACAAGCUGAACGUGUGACAGAUGCGCUGUACAAAGGAAAUGUUGAAGGAUUAGGUGAACUUAAUUAUACAGAAAUUACACAAACUUUUGCUGGUGCCACACUCGUAGACAUACUUCCAGAGCCUGGUAUGUCAAUUUUACAAUUGGCUAUGAAAGCGAAAUGCUUUCCCACAGAAUCUGACGCUGUACGCAUCAUAACCGCUGGUGGAUUUUACAUUAACCAGAAGCGUACACAAAAUAUAGCAGAAGUAAUUACACACGGUAUUCACGUACUUAAAAAUAAUUUGUCCUUAUUGAGAGUAGGGAAAAAGAAUUUCUACAUAAUACGUUGGUUGAAUUAAUUUAGAAUUUUGUUUAAAUUUAUAUUGUAAAUAUUUUU